AUGAAUCAUCGUAAGGUAAAGUCUAAUGACAUCUUGGCUACCUAUUAUAUCACAUCUCUCGACCCUGGAUCCACAUUCUCUGAUAAUCGCGACUCUCCUACACUGUUCGCUUCUCAGCUCUCCUACACUGUUACCCUCUCAGCCUCCUACACUGUUCACCUCUCAGCCUCCUACACUGUUCACCUCUCAGCUCUCCUACACUGUUCCUUCUCAGCUCCCACACUGUUCACCCUCAGCUCUCCUACACUGUUCGCUUCUCAGCUCUCCCAUUCACCUCUCAGCCUCCCACUGUUCACCUCUCACUCUCCCACACUGUUCCUUCUCAGCUCUCCCACACUGUUCACCUCUCAGCUCUCCUACACUGUUCACCUCUCAGCUCUCCCACACUGUUCACCUCUCCAGCUCUCCUACACUGUUCCUUCUCCAGCUCUCCUACACUGUUCACCUCUCAGCUCUCCUACACUGUUCGCCUCAGCCUCCUACACUGUUCACCUCGCUCUCCUACACUGUUCACCUCUCAGCUCUCUACACUGUUCACCUCUCAGCUCUCCUACACUGUUCCUUCUCAGCUCUCCCACACUGUUCACCUCUCAGCUCUCCUACACUUGUUCACCUCUCAGCUCUCCUACACCUGUUCACCUCCAGCUCUCCUACACUGUUCCUUCUCAGCUCUCCUACACUGUUCACCUCUCAGCUCUCCUACAUGUUCACCUCUCAGCUCUCCUACACUGUUCACCUCUCAGCUCUCCUACACUGUUCCUUCUCGCUCUCCCACACUGUUCACCUCUCCCAGCUCUCCACACUGUUCCUUCUCAGCUCUCCUACACUGUUACCUCUCAGCUCUCCUACACUGUUCACCUCUCCAGCUCUCCUACACUGUUCACCUCUCAGCUCUCCUACACUGUUCCUUCUCAGCUCUCCUACACUGUUCCUUCUCAGCUCUCCCCACUGUUCACCUCUCAGCUCUCGUACAUUGUUCACCUCUCAGCUCUCCUACACUGUUCACCUCUCAGCUCUCCUACACUGUUCACCUCUCAGCUCUCCUACAUUGUUCACCUCUCAGCUCUCCUACAUUGUUCACCUCUCAGCUCUCCUACACUGUUCGCUUCUCAGCUCUCCUACAUUGUUCACCUCUCAGCUCUCCUACAUUGUUCACCUCUCAGCUCUCUACGUUAUUAUUGA